AUGGAAUUGCCAUAUUUACAUGUUCUGAUUUUACUUUUGAACACGUUUGACUUUUCAUCAGGAAUAACAUAUAAUAAAGGUGACACAGAGGGACGCUUUGCUUGUGAUAGUGAAGGGAUUCCCCCAAAGGAUGAAAUGAUCAAAUUGUAUCUUUCCUCUGAUGACUUGGAAAUCCAGUGUUUUUUCCAAUCUGAACUUGAGUUUACUACAAAGGAGUUUCUCAGCAUAUUCACAUCAGCAGGACUUGCUCCCAGCCUGGAAAUCAUAAAUAGUACAUACACGGGGAUCUUCCACUUUAAUUUAACUUUGUACAGUGAUCGGGUUUACUGGUUGGUUGAUAUUCCCAGAGAAAACAUCACAAAAAAUACAGAUACUGCAGCUGUAGAAGAAUGGUUAGUAAGAAUCACUUUACAAUAUGGAUUAAAUAUUUAUACCACUGAAGGAACACUACUGGAUACUGUUCGAGAACCUAUCCUUCACUGGAAACUUGGCACUGUGAUGAACAAAAGAACAAUCCAGCAAUUAUAUCCACAUGUGGUAGAUCUCAAAACGACAAAGUGUCCCUGUGCCAAUGAUGUGGCAUUACUUGGCUUCGUUAUGAACACAACACUUAAUGGUGUUUACAUAGGCCUCAGCUUUUCUGGAUUUUGGGAUUAUGAUGAUACCCAAUGGUAUAACCUGACAAAUAUGGUCUAUUCCCAAGUUGGAGAAGAACACAAACAGCUCUCAGUGGUGGAUAUGGUUUUAACAAAUCAUUUUUUAGUUAUCCUCACCUCUUUGGGUCUUUUUAUAAGUAGAGAUCUUCGUUAUCCAUCAUCCUCUGUCUUAAUGCUUUCAAGGGUAGACUUCUGCGGUUUCGAAAGGGUUGACUACAUCAAAGGAAAACUGUGGUAUAAUGAGAGGUGUUUUGCUAACAGAGAACACUUUGAAGUUGAUUAUGUUACUAUCACCUUUGACAGAAACAGGACCCUAAGUGAGGCAAACUCUUGUUUUUACAGUAAAGAACCAUUUCUUGAAUGGUUGCCUUGCUUACCCCCUGUUUCAAAAGGAACCAAAACUAUUCUUUCAACUGUGAUAACAUUUCUUGUUGACCAAGAGCAAAGUUCUGCCGUCUACCUCUUCCAUAACCAGAAAAAUACCAUUGUCUCUGUGAGGAUCCUAAAACACAACAAACUAGACUUAAUACAAAAAUUUCCACCUUUCUCUUUUCCUUCAUCAUUCUCUUCUCCUGUUGGAAUGAUAUUCCACCCACGAAGCCAUUUUCUGUAUGCUUACGGUAAUCAGGUAUGGCUUUCAAUUGAUGGCGGCAACACCUUUGAUUUAAUAGCUGACUUUCAUGAUGAUAUCAUAAAGAAUACUUACCAUAGUUUUUAUACUUCAGAUAUUACUCUUGUUUCCCAAAGUGGAAAGGUUUACUUGACAAAGGCAGGGUUAGGAAAAUAUAGUAAAAUUGGAUCUAUUUCUGAUAAAAUUUUCACUUUAUACUAUGACCACAUGGGAUUCAUACAUAAACUGACUCCAGAUCACUUUGAAGCUGGUGGAUCACUUGCUGCCUUUGGAAAUUCUAAAGGUAUUUUUGGACAGGCUUUUGACAUGGGCUUUGACACUGCCCUUGCUCCACAGUAUCUCACCUUAAAUGAAAUGAUAUUUUAUGCAUAUGUGCCCAAGGAUGAACCAAAGGAUAGAAUAUACACCAAGCAAUUUGAUGACAUUCACUUUGGAAAAUUGAUACACUCCAGGAAAACUGGAACAGCUUACAUAAGAAAGGUAUUUCACCAUAACACUCCUGAAGGAUUUUUGUCCUCAGUUAUUGCAGAACUGAUAGACCCUUUUGGAAUAGAGGAAGUAAAUGAGAGCUCUUGUUUGUCCAGUUCCCUUUUCAUUAGUGAAGCUGGAAAUCACUCCUAUAAACUUAGUCUUCAGUUACAAAGUGUUAUCUCCUCAUUUCAAGAUUCUGAUAUAGAAAAGACUGUGGUGAUUCCUGGUUAUAGCAGCUUCCUGAUCACAACGAUAUUAGACAAUGAGAAUGCUUUAGCUGUUGCUACUAUGCCUGAAAUAGUACCCCGUAACAUGACCUUUCAAAAAGACUCCUGGUUCUUAUACAACUUUGGAAAAAGGAAUGGACAAACAUGGAACAUAUAUGCAAAACCAUGUAAUUACUGGUUUCAACAACAUGAUGAUUCACUAUCCCUCAGUGUCCUGAAAUACAUUGAUCUGGGGAAAUCUCACACUUUAAAAAUGAAGGUCAUACCUAAUACAAAUGUUCUUACAACGCUUAAAAUACCACUACUGCAAGUAAUUGUUGGAAACCCAAAUUUGUUGGAAGUUAAAGUUGAAGGCUAUUUUGAUGAAACUGAUAGUUAUAUAAUGGAAGUUUCUACAGCUAGCAAAACUUUACACCAAGGUUCAACUUCACUGGAGUUUAUUGUCUGGGGAGCAUCGACUGAGUGCUAUGUUACAACAUUCGUGCCAAUGUUGAAAAGCAGCUGUAGUUAUCUCAAGUCUAUGCAUCACAUUCCUAGUGAAAUUAUCCCCUUGGAAGACUGGAUGAGUGGAGUGUACGUGAACAGUCAGGGUUUUAAUAUGAUCAAAGUUUUGCCGAUAAACUACAGGCCUCCAUCUAAUAUGGGAAUUGCUAUUCCACUUACAGAUAAUUUUUAUCAUGUAGAUCCUAGCAAACCCAUACCAAGAAAUCUAUUUUACAAGUCAAAGAGAUCUGGUAAAUUCAAACAGUGUGCAAAUGCAACUACUCGGAAGGAGUGUAAUUGUACAAAUGAUCAGAAGUUUUCAUAUGCUGUUGCUUUCUCAGAUUGUCGAGAAAAGGUUCCUCGUUUUAAGUUUCCAGUUAUACAAUAUCCAGUUUCUUUGCAAGUUUACAGUGAAGAUGGGAAUUUCCCAGUGGAAACUCCAUACCUGGUUACUGUGACUGAAGUGAAUAACAGGGAAAACUGGAACCUAAGACAUACUGUGCCAGAAAACGUUAAAAAAAUGAAGACCUACUUAGAAUCGAUUCUUUCUGCUCCAGUGUAUAAUCCUUUAGGCCUCAACUUAAGUAUAAAAGGAUCUGAGCUCUUUCACUUCAGAGUGUCUGUUGUUCCAGGGGUCUCUUUCUGUAACUUAGUUGAAGAAUUUCAGAUUUAUGUUGACGAAGUCCCUCUGCCAUUUCCAGGACACACACUUAUUGCUGUUGCAGCAGCUGUACUGCUAGGGGGAUUAAUUUUUAUAGCAUUUAUGUUCCAAAUACGUAAUAUCCACCCAUGGGAUAUGUUCAAAAAACUGAUUAGAAGAAACAAUGUGAACCCCACAAAUAUCACUGCCAAUUAG